GAGGGCGCCGUAGUAGACAGAGUUCCAGCCUGCGGUGCAGGCUCAAGUCUCGCGAUACUUUACAGCCGGAUAUAGCAAUUUUGCAGCCUGGGUAAUAAUCGCUGGUGUUGUGGUGUUUCAGGGCGCAGUGUCGGCUCGGUAGUGUUACCCCCAGAACAUGGACAAUGUGUUUGUCCAGCACAGUGUUAAAGUGCUCAAUGCCCUCAACAAACAGAGAGAAGAAGGCAGAUACUGUGACGCCACCUUGGUUGUUGGAAAUGUUAAUUUUAAAGCACAUUGGAGCAUCUUGGCCUGCAGCAGCCCAUUUUUUCAGAGUCUGUACGGGGACGGAACCUCCGCCAACAUUAUCUUACACGAAAGCUUUGCCGAAGUAAUUGGACUUGUGUUAGACUUUCUCUACACUGGAGAGCUGGCUCUUACAGAGGAAAAUGUUCAGAAGGUCCUCCUUGCAUCAAAAGACCUCGAGGUUCUGGAAGCAAUCGAAGUGUGUGAAAGGUUUCAGCCCAAAAUCCUUCAGCCGUCUGAUGUCCAGGAAACCACUGUCACUGUAGAAGCUGUGGAUGAACAUUUAAAGCAAACCAGUGAGGCAGAUGGUGAGAAAGUAUUAAAUAAAAUUUCAGUGCUCACAAAUACCCUGUUUAAAGAAAGCCUAACUGGUCAAAGCCAUGAGCAGGACAGCACUGUGUCUCUGCAUCAGGUUGCCGGGGAAGACACUUCUGUUCUUUCAGAAGCCUUAAAAAGAACAGAUGAUAUGGAAGACCCGCACGAUCACAGAGAAUUCCAGCGGCAAAGGAAAAGCCAGAAAACCGACCAGAGUAUUAGCAGUGAUGGAGAAUGCAUAACGUGGGAUUUGGAAGUGGGCCAGAUCCAUGAAGAUAUAACAGAAGAUGAUUCGUACAUUCAUGAAGAGGUCGAUGAAGAUAACAUCCCAGAGGCAAAGACUCCAGACACCAAGCAUAAAGACUGUGUUGUUAAGAAGAUCACUAUAACUACUGAGAAUGUACUGGCCGUUAAUACACUUGAUAGUGUAAACUUGGCAAAUAGGGGAAAUGCUAACAAGCCAGUGCAGUGCUCCACGUGUCACAAAACAUUUCUCAGCAAGUAUUAUCUGAAAGUACAUAACAGAAAACAUACUGGAGAGAAGCCCUUUCAGUGCUUAAAAUGUGGCAAAUGUUACUUGAGAAAAGAGAACCUUAUAGAGCACGAGGCUCGGAAUUGCAUGAACAGGUCUGAGCAGGUUUUUACGUGUACCUUGUGUAAGGAAGUGUUCAAAAGGAGACUGGAAUUACGAGUUCACAUGGUUUCCCACACUGGAGAAAUGCCAUACAAAUGCUUGUCCUGUCCCCAGCAGUUUAUGCAGAAGAAGAGUCUACAAAACCACAGCAUUAAGCUUCAUGGAGCUCCAAAACCCCAUGCGUGUCCCACUUGUGGAAAAUGCUUUUCGUCUCGGACAGAACUUCGGUUGCAUGAAGCCUUCAAACAUCGUGGAGAGAAGUUGUUUGUGUGUGAGGAAUGUGGGCACCGGGGAUCCAGCAGGAGCGGGUUGCAAAUGCACAUCAAAGCCAAGCACAGAAACGAACGGCCAUAUGUCUGCGAAUUCUGCCACCGUGCGUUUACUCAGAAAACAAAUUUAAACAUGCACCUCAAGACUCACACCGGGGAGAAACCAUUCCAGUGCCAUCUGUGUGGCAAAACAUUUAGAACUCAAGCCAGCCUGCUUAAGCACAACCGAACACAUACAGGGGAGCGGCCUUUCAGCUGUCCCUUCUGUGAUCAGAAGUUUGCAGACAAGACUCCUCUUCAGAGGCACAUGGCCAGCCGGCAUCAGGAAGGACGGCCACACUACUGCCAGAUAUGCAGCAAGACUUUUAAAGCGGUAGAACAAUUGCGGGUUCAUGUUGAACGACACAAAGGCGUAAGAAAGUUUGAAUGCACAGAAUGUGGUUAUAAAUUCACGCGACAGGCACACCUGAGGCGCCACAUGGAAAUUCACAAUCGCAUAGAAAACUACAAUCCCCGCCAGAGGAAACUGCGCAAUCUAAUCAUCGAGGAUGAGAAGAUGUUGGAAAUGAGCCUAGAGAGCCCGCAUGAACUGGAAGUGGGGUCUGCAGAGGUCAUUGUUGAAUCCAUUUCAGCCGGCACAUUGCCUGAGUUAGUUACAGAGGAAAGGAUCUGCACAGAGGACUUCCCACCGGACGUGAUGGAGCAGUCUAUUAUCAUUACCGCUAUCCCUCAUGAUUGUGACACGUGAUCAUGAUCAGCAAAUAAACUCCAGUGUUUUACUAGAAACAUAACAAUGUAUUUAUUCAUUUCCUUCAUUGUCUCAGAAUAAAAUGUGCUAAAGGCUGGCGAACCUCA